AUUGAUCGUUACCGCGAAAAUAUCCAUGGAGUAUGACUUGACUAAAAAGAAAUUAUUUUUCUGCUGAUCCAAUUCUAUUGACGCUUGUGAACACGGUUUUACACUUUGCAGUGAUUAUGCGACAAAAAUGGAAUCCCACGACAUUUGUGAGCUGAGGUGUUGUUUAAUAUAUUAAUAAGCACUGCUAUGAACAACCGGUAGUCUUUACCUCUACAAACAAAGAUCUAAUUUAGCGGAGAAGUUCUAAAGGAAGAAAGUUACCGAGGGCAUCUCCAAAUAAUUUCCAAAAUGAAGACCUGGAUAGCGAUAGUCGCAUCAAUUGUUUUCGCUGCGGUUCUUCAUGUUGAGAGUUCCGUUAUUCAGAGCAAGCUCGCAGAAUUGAGAGCAAAGAGGAGUCCGUGUGGGGCGUCUUGUGCUCCAUCCUGUGCUCCCCUAUGUCAGCCAUCCUGUUGUAUGCCCAUUCCACCACCGCCUCCUCCACCACCACCACCCCCUCCCCCACCGAUGCCAAUGCCAGCUCCUCCCCCUCAGUGUCCUCCCGUUUGCUUGAAAUGGACUACAACUAUCAGCCCAGGGGGCGGGAUGCCCCAGGUGUCUCCAAUUCAGUCCACUCCUUGUCCUGAUCAGUGCCAGCAGGCAGGCUGUUGUGCACCUCCACCAAUGAUGCCCCCUCAACCACCACCAAUGGUUAUGGGGCCUCCUCCUCCAAUGGUAGCACCUGCUCCUCCCCCCGUUCAGCCACCACCACCUUGCCCGCCAGGUUGCCCAAAGGCUUGCUAUCCUGCCUGUUCACCGAGGUGCUGCAACCCUCAACCACUUCCACCCCUUCCACCACCAAUGCCACCGAUGCCUCCCAUGCAGCAAUGCCAGCCAUCCUGUGCUCCUACCUGCUGCCAGGGACCACCUCCUCAACCGAUGAUGAUGCCACCUUUCCCUCCAAUGAACAUGCAACCUUCUCCAAUGCAACCUCCGAUGAUGAUGCCCCCUCAACAACCCAUGAUGAUGAUGCCUCCUCCACAGACGACGUGCCCCGCGCCCUGUGCACGAUCAUGCGCACCAAAAUGUAAACCUGAAUGUUGCGAUAAAAGGAAACGUUCUGCUGAGAACUAAGGUACUCUGAAUUGCCAGUCAACCGUGCAUCUAAAGGACACCUACGUGCUAAUGGCGACGCCUUAUGCAAAAGGGUCAUAGAAGGAAAAGUCCAAGAUAUGCGUUCUUCGUUUCCCUUUCUGCUGUAAAUAUAAUGGACAGCCGUUUGUUUUGUUUAUGCCACGAAAGAAGCUCAAUAUAGGGCUGCUCAUCAAUUCAAUUAAACUGAACUAGGCAUG